AUGUUGUCACAUGUUCUCCGCUUGGGAUCCGAGUUGGUACCUGCCAGGUACCUGACAGAUGAUAUCGUUGAAAGACCGCCACAUGGGUUUUGCGAUGUCUUGAUCAAUCCUGCAAACGAGGCGUUGGUGGGCACUCGGCUGCCAUACUUUCCGAUGCAAGUGGAGCCGCCCCCGGAGCUCCAGAAUUCAAGGUGGUGCGGCAUGGAAGCUGGCAGCGGAAUGUUUUAUGCUCAGCAAGUCGUUGACGGGCGCGUGCACGCUUUGGGCGGCCCUCACUUGAAGGAGGCAUGUUUGCAGCUCGCAGAGGUCUCUCCCGGGAUCAGAUGUCCGACAGGCAAGGCUGUCACUACGCCAGCACUGGGAGGCCUAAGCAAGUUUUUCAGCCACAUCGUCCAUACAGCGCCGCCUUGUGCUGAAGAUUUGUGGUGCGAGGGAUUGCCUGAGGUUCCCUUGCCAUUUAUGAGUAAGAGAUUGCAACCUAGGGUUUCCAGUCGAGGCCCUUCUACCGCGAUGACUGGGAAGCCUGCCUUGCAAGCUGCUGGCAGGCGAAGCCGGACUGGUGUACGUUAA